AACUAUUCUGGUACUUGCUUGAUCAAACAUCACAAUGAGCAAUUCCUCCAAAUCCAUUUCUUCCACUCUCCUCGUUUCCCUAACCAUUAAUACUUUUCUCUUAUUCUCCUCCAUGGUGAAUGCUAGUUAUUAUGAAAAGAUCUCCCCAACACAGCUAGGUUUCAAAGAGGAGAAGCUCACCCACCUUCGCUUCUUCUUCCAUGACAUUGUAACAGGCCCGAAGCCCUCCAUGGUCAUAUCCGUCGAGUCACCCAUCAAGGAUAAGUCCAAGUCUCCACUGCCCUUCGGAUCUAUUGCGGUGAUGGAGGACCCAUUGACGUUGGGUCCCGAACUCGAUUCCAACCUUAUUGGAAAGGCCCAAGGGUUUUACAUGACAGUGUCUCAGGAAGCUGAGUUGUACUUGGAGUUAAUAAUGGGAAUGACAUUUACAUUUAUGGAAGGUGAAUUCAAUGGGAGCACGAUCACUAUAAUGGGGCGUAAUGCUAUAUCUUCUCCCAUAAAAGAGAUGCCAAUUAUUGGUGGGACAGGGGCUUUCAGGUUCGCACGUGGAUUUGUUCAACCAAAGACUCACCGGGUAGAUUACUACAAAGGUAAUGUUGUUGUCGAGUACAAUGUCUAUGUGUUCCAUUAUUCAUCCCCCUCUUUGUCUCAUGAAAUUUAAGCAUGUCUAUGUGGUCAUAUCAUAUCACCUUUGUUGCGAUUUAAGUUAGCUAAAUAAUGUGUCACGCUCAAUAAUCAUAUUGGGAGAUGUGUAUUUUUCAUUUUUUGAGGUGGCACACCUUUGUUGAUGUGAAUGUUUAAUGAGUGAAAAAGGAGUAGCAUUUUCUUAUUCUA